GGGGCUCCGUGCCCGCCGGGUGAGCUAGCGCCACCGCUGCCCGCGCUGCCCCGAGCCCAUCCAGAGAGGGUGCGGGCGCCGUGUGGGUGCUGGACGCGGGAGCUCCCGAGGCCGGAGCGCGCGCCUAGCCGCGUGGGCGGCGAUGAGCGCCGAGGGACCGCAGCCCCUGGCCGCCCCCCGCGGGCGCCCUGGUCACCUGCUGGUGCCCACGCGGACCAAAACUGCCCUCGCCUUGUUGUAUGAUGAAAGGUUGGAAAAUGCCUAUGAUGUCCGGCUGAAGCUGACGAAAGAGGUGCUGACUAUUCAAAAGCAAGACGUCGUCUGUGUGGGGGGAGCUCAUUCCAGUGCCAAUCACAGAACUGUUACACUUCACAGACAGCCUGUGGGCGGCCUGGGGCUAAGCAUCAAGGGAGGAGUGGAGCAUGGUGUCCCUGUCGUCAUAUCCAAAAUAUUCAAAGACCAAGCAGCCGACCAGACAGGGAUGUUGUUCAUAGGAGACGCUGUUCUACAGGUUAAUGGCAUUAAUGUAGAAAGUGCAACCCAUGAAGAAGUGGUGCAUCUUCUGAGAAAUGCUGGUGAUAAUGUUACCGUCACUGUGGAGUAUCUCAGGGACGCACCUUCCUUUCUGAAGCUCCCAGUGGGGUCCCCAGGGCCAUCCAGUGACCACAGCAGCAGGGCCUCCUCGCCCCUCUUUGACAGUGGCCUGCACCUGAAUGGACACUGCAGCCACACAGCCCCAUCAUCACCUUCCUCACCCACAGCUAAUGAACCAAAGUAUGAGAAGUGUUGGAUAGACACCUUGUCGGUUCCUUUGUCCCUGGCUCGGAUCUCAAGGUACAAAGGUGGAACAGAAAAGCUCAGGUCCAGUGCAUUCGAGGUACUAGCCCUAGACGGAGCCAGCACAGGAGUCCUUCAGUUCUCUACAGCCCAGGACUGUGCCGACUGGCUGCGUGCAGUCUCAGCCAACAUCAGUGACCUGAUGCUUCAACAUAUGAAAAUGGCAAAUAAAUGCUGCUCUCCCUGUGAACAGGUGGUGCACAUGGGGUGGGUAAAUGAGAGGCUCCAGGGAGCUGAUGCCGCUCAGACCUUCAGAUCCAAGUUCCUGGCCCUGAAGGGCUCAUCCUUCUACAUUUUCAACACUCCUCCGGUGAGCACGCUGGACUGGGGACUAGCAGAACGAGUCUACAACCUCUGUGAGGUGCUGUUUAAAGUUCACAAGAUCUGGCUUUCGGAUGACUGCUGGCUGCAGGCAAACUUGUAUCUGGGUCUCCAGGAUUUUGACUGUGAGGACUCCCGGCCAUACUGCUUCAGUGUCCUUGCCAGCCACGGGAAGAGCCAUGUCUUCAGUGUGGAGCUGGGUAGUGAGCUCGCAGUAUGGGAGAAGUCCUUCCAAAGAGCAACUUUCAUGGAAGUUCAGAGAACGGGGUCAAAAACAUAUAUGUGCAGCUGGCAAGGAGAAAUGCUGUGCUUCACGGUGGAUUUUGCACUGGGAUUCACCUGCUUUGAUUGUAAGACAAAGAAUGUGCUCUGGAGAUUCAAGUUCUCUCAGCUUAAGGGAUCUUCAGAUGAUGGAAAAACUAGAGUAAAACUGCUGUUUCAGAAUCUGGACACCAAACAGAUCGAGAUGAAGGAGCUGGAGUUUCAGGACCUGACAGUAGUCCUCCACUGUAUCCACUCCUUCAUCGCUGCCAAAGUGGCCUCUCUAGACCCUGUGUUCAUGGACAGUCAGAGUAUGACAAGAAGAUACAUGUGCAGCAGCUGAGACAAGAGUCUGGGGGACGCUGAAGAAAGUCAAAUUAUUUUCUUAAGAAAUUAAUCUUUCCUGCACAAUAUUGCAAUUUUGUGUGGUUUUAUAACGAGCCUAUAGUUGUGAUACCAAUAAAAACAUCACUAUUUCACAGA